UCGUUUUAUUUCAUCGAACUGUCGCGCAAUCUCAACAUAAUUCGAUAACAGUUCGAGUUCGGUCCUCAAGAAGGUUUAACUGUGUUGUGUGAAUCUAUAGGUUUAUUACGUGGUAAUAUUGUGUCUUUUAGUGAUUGGAUACAAUUUACUGUAUAACUAGUUACUUGGAAUGUUCAUAAAUUAAAGUAUUAUUCAUUGACAAAGGAGCCCCGGAAAAAUUUAUCAUGAAAAUGGUUUUAUCUCAACGCCAGCGAGAAGAGCUUAACAAAGCCAUCGCUGACUACCUAAGCACUCAGGGCUUCAGGGACUCUCUCGAAGCCUUCAAGAAGGAGGCCGACAUGCCGGGAGAUGUGGGCGUUAAAUUCGGCGGACUCCUCGAGAAGAAAUGGACGUCCGUCAUCAGGUUGCAGAAGAAGGUGAUGGAGCUCGAGUCCAAGCUGAACGAGGCCGAGAAGGAAUAUAUACAAGGCGCACCCACGAGGAACAAGAGAAACCCCGCGGAAUGGAUUCCGAGACCUCCGGAAAAGUUCAGUUUGACAGGUCACAGGGCCCCGGUAACCAGGGUCAUAUUCCACCCCGUGUUCAGCGUGAUGGUUUCGGCCAGCGAGGACGCUACGAUGAAAGUUUGGGAUUUCGAAACGGGCGAAUACGAGAGAACACUGAAAGGUCAUACGGAUUCCAUACAGGACAUUUGCUUCGACUCCACCGGUAAACUGCUGGUGUCUUGCAGCGCGGAUAUGACCAUCAAACUGUGGGAAUUUCAACAGAAUUACGAAUGUAUAAGAACUAUGCUGGGGCACGACCACAACGUAUCAAGUAUAGCGUUCAUGCCGGGAAACGAUUACGUAGUAUCGUCCAGUAGGGAUAAAACUAUAAAAAUGUGGGAGGUUCUGACCGGUUACUGCGUGAAGACUUACGUCGGACAUAGAGAUUGGAUAAGGAUGGUCAGACCCUCUCCAGAUGGCUCGUUACUUGCGAGCUGCUCUCACGAUCAGACCAUAAGGGUCUGGGCGGUGUCUUCGAAAGAAUGCAGAACCGAACUAAGGGCUCACGAACACGUGAUCGAAUGCAUCGCAUGGGCGCCGGAGCUGUGCGCUGGUGCCAUCAUAGAGGCCGUCGGCGUGGAUAACAAGAAAGGGGCCGCUAUGGGACCUUUCCUCGCUUCUGGAUCCAGAGAUAAAUCUAUUAGGAUAUGGGAUGUGGGUGCAGGCUGCGCACUGUUCACCCUCAUAGGCCAUGAUAACUGGGUCAGGGGAGUUGUUUUCCACCCAGGCGGCAAAUACUUAUUAUCAGCCAGUGAUGAUAAAACUAUUCGGAUUUGGGACUUGAAAAAUAAGCGCUGCACGAAAAGUCUCGAUGCUCACAAACACUUCUGCACAUCUUUAGAUUUCCACAGAUCCCAUCCAUUCGUCAUUUCCGGAAGCGUGGAUCAAACAGUAAAAGUGUGGGAAUGUCGUUAAAUGGAUUGAGGAACGGCCUGCUCCGAUGUCCAUUGGAAAUUGACAUAGUCAAUAUUGUGUAUAGUUAUACUCUUUGCUUUCGAUGAAUACUGGUUACCUGCGAAUAUAAGAAAAACCGAAAAAUAUUCGAUAUUCGCUGAAUGUAAUUAAAUGUUUGUGGAGCAAAAAGGAUACUACAAUACAUUAAAGCUAUUAAAGUAUUGAAAUGUUUAUUUAUCAGGUAAUUUAAAACUCCUUAGUUUUAGUUUGAAAUCAAAAUGAAAUAUUAUAUUAUUUUUUUGCCCCCAACUCGAUUUAUGCCGUAGGUUUUGUUUUCUUGUUCAUGUGAUAUUUUUUUUUAAAUGAUAGAACUUUUGAGGCAGAAUCUUAUAAUAGUAGUCACCGUUGCUUCGGACAUAUUUACUAUCACAAUUGCUGCAAUCUAUUUUGAAAUUAUCUAUCACAGAACGCUAAUUUUACCUUGUACUGAAUAAAUGAAAAUGUUUUAUUUCUUCUUAUUUCAUCUUAAAAGUUUUUGAGAACAUUUGAGUGAUUCUGGGCGAUGUGGUGUACCUAUUACUCAAACUUUUUGCGAGUUUUGCAGGAUUUUUAAAUGUUUUAUUGAAAUUUUCAUCCGGAAUGAUGGGCUGAAUCUUGAAAGCUCGAUAUUUUUAUUAAUGUGAUAUUUUCAGAUUUAUUUUUCACAUAUAGAAAAGUUUUAUACUUGAUGAAAAGUAAUAUGUGAGUGAGAAUAAUUUCAACAAACUUGUUGAUAAUUUCAAAAUAUAUAGGCUUACCUCUUAACAUACGAUUAGAAAAAACAUUGUAGUUGAUGCUUGUUGAUAUAAGGUAAGGUCAUAAUAAAUCUCCUAAUUUUUUUUUAAUAGUAAUGGAACUAUAAUGAAAAAUAUUUAUUCUGAAAUAUAUGCCAAUUCAAUUUAUAAUGGCUUAUUAUAGUUACAAUUUUCAUCCUCAAUCCCUCAUUAGAAAUGGUAUGUUGAAUAUUAUGUUGAUGAACAUUUGGGAGUGCCAACUGUUUCAAAUGUAUGCUUUCUUAGAGUAAUAAAUCUCAAAUUGGAACAGUACUCGGAGAUUCACUAAAUUGAGGUACUUGUCUUAGCUCUUUAAAUGAUAUUUAGCAUUCUGUUUGAUUUUUUAUGUGUUCUCUUCAUAUAUUAUUUGUUUAAAUGGUCGAUUUGAAUAUUUUGUCAGGAUGUAUAAGAUUUGGUAUAAUUGUUAUUUUUAUUGUAUAAAUUGGGCUAAAAAAUUGUAUAAAUGGCUUGCUUAUAUUAUGCAUGUGCACAAUAUAAAAAUAACUUAAGUACUUGUGAUGCAUAUUGUAUUACCUAAUUAUUCUUCCGGAUAAAAUUGUGAAUAUGUUUUCUUCUGUAUAUAAUGAAUUCAUUCCUCUACA